AUGCCGACCCUCUAUUCAACACUCAACAUUCUAGCACUCUUGUUCGCCAUUUUUGGCACCACUUGGGAGCUGGUUGUGAAGCCUCGUCUUGUGCCGCUGGGAUACGGACGCGUUCUUGCACCAGUGAAUAACCAGAACUGUAAACAUGUUCCAGAGUUGGCUGCUUGUGAGAAAAUCGUUCUACAUCAGCCUAGCGGUGUGAUAUACCUUGCAUGCUCAACCCCGUCAAGCAGGGUGCACUGGACGCCCGCUGUUAGCCGUCUGAACGCCACUGGGGCGUCGAUCAACGAUUAUGUCGCGACGUACGACCCCAAGACGUUGCGCAUCACUCGGCUUCAGGUCGAGAAAUUUACCAGCCCUCGCGGCCUUUCUCUUCACGGCAUGGAUAUCGUACCGUCAUCGUCCGACCCCUCCGAGCUCUUUGUAUACCUCGUGAAUCACCGCCCACCCUCAGGCGACCUUGAGGCCAAAGAAGUAGGCGCUGAUUCCGUCAUCGAGAUUUUCAAGACAAAGCUGGGAGGAACAGCACUUACCCAUGUCAAGACCGUCGAAGACCCUAUUGUCAUCACCCCUAACGAUGUGAUUGGUUCUCGCGAUGGCAAGAGUUUUUAUUUCACCAACGACCAUGGAGAAAAAGUCGGACUGGUUAGGGAGCUUGAUACUCUAGGCCGCGCAAGUACCUCUGUUGGCUAUUGCCAUAUCGAACACGGGUGCCAUUACGCGAUUCAGCAUAUGCAUGCCAACAAUGGGAUUGCCAGAGGUCCUAAUGGGAUGGUCUACGUCGCGAACUGCGUGCGCGGCGGCCUGUACGUCCUCGAGCCUCAGCACGAAGAUGUAUUGGUGCUGAAAGAUUAUGUGGCAACAGAUCGCUCUCUUGAUAACCUUUCCGUUGACUCCAAGGGAAAUGUAUGGGCAGCAGAUACCCUGCACAUGAUCUCGAAGCACUUUAGCGACCCGUCGAUUCCCACUCCGUCGUCCGCUCUUCGUUUCACGAUAAACAGGGGCAACAACAACACCACCAAUGGAAAGAAUUACCUAGUCGAAAAACUGUUCGAGGAUGAUGGAGGAGUCGCAUCGGGCAUCACUUCCGUUGUGUAUGAUGCAGAGCGAGACACACUCUACUUGAACGGGGGAUUCUACCAGCUUCAUUUUAAACCUCUCUUACGAACAUGGGGCACCAGUCCAGUUCGUGUCAUCCAGCCGUUGAACAACAAGAAGUGUAAAGCCGUACCUGAACUAAAGGCUUGUGAAAAAAUUGUUCUGCACCAGGCUACAGGUGUCAUCUACCUUGCAUGUUCGACACAGCAGAGUCGAAAGCACUGGACCCCUUCUUACAACCUCCUCAAUGCUACGGGCGCGUCUACAACAGACUACGUAGCCACAUACGAUCCCUCCAACUCUCACAUCACUCGCCUCACGACUCCCAACUUCAACAAUGGACGAGGGCUCUCCCUACACGGGAUGGAUGUAGUUACGUCCUCCGCCCACCCAGAGGAACUUUUCGUGUACCUUGUCAACCACCGUCUUCCCCUUGGUGAUAAACCUGCGUCAAAAGCUGGUGCUGAUUCUGUGGUUGAGGUGUUCAAGACGACAGAGGGAGGCAGGGCACUGACACACCUGAAAACGGUGGAGGACCUCAUCAUCAUCACGCCCAACGACAUCGUGGGUGCUGAUGACGGCAAGAGCUUCUUCUUCACGAACAAUAAUGGGAUCCGAGUUGGCUUCGCGCGGUAUCUUGGUGUCGUUGGGCACAAAGCUGCCUCGGUAGGCUACUGCCACAUCGAGGAGGGCUGCAAAUUCGCCCUCGAGAAAACACACUCCAGCAAUGGGAUUGCCACUGCUCCUAAUGGCACUCUCUACGUCGGGGAUUCAACCUACGGAGGCGUCACGGUGCUCGAGCGACAGACCGACAACACUCUUGUCGUGACUGAUUCGAUCGCGACCGUGGACAACCUUGCACUCGAUGCUGAUGGGCAACUGUGGGCAGCAGCUGCACCUCAAACCUUGACGGCUUGCCGCCACCUGGAAGACCCCGAGUCAAAGCAAUCACCUUCCGCUGCCCUGAGGAUAUCCAUCAACACAGGCCCGAAUGCAUUUUAUGGAGAGAAGUACAAAGUCCAGAAGAUGUUCGAGGAUGGGGGUGACCUGAUGAGUGGAAUCACUUCCGCUGUGUACGAUUCGGAACGAAAGAGGCUUUUUAUGCAUGGGAUCGCAUCUCCACAGCUUGUCUGGCGUAGGGAGAGACCAUAA